AUGGCACAGCGGCAGCAAGACAAGCUGGAAGCUGUGGCAGAAGCAGCAGGAGCAGCAGCAGCAGCUGCUGCUGCAAGCGUCUGGCGCUUCUUCGAGGAUGAUGCUGCAACACAUGAGGAGGAAAUUAAGAAAAUUAGUGCCAGCUGCGGUUGCAACACCCAGAAAAGCACUGCAAAGAAACAACAAAGCCCCCCACUGGAUACAGUAGCAGCUACAGCAGCAAAACUAACGCCCGCCACGGAAAUAACUGCUACCCCAGGUACUGAUACUUCUACUCCUUUUGUCACCGCUCCUGCAUAUGGAAGCAAUGGCAACUGUAGAAGCAGCAAUAACAGCAGCGGCGAUAGCAGCACAACAGCAACCAGCAAAGACACAAGCCCCAUGGGACCUCGUGGAAAUAUAGACGAUCUGAAUGCCCCAGCAGGUUGCAACAACAGCAGCAGGAAAAGCGCCGACAUUGACGGCAUCUCUGACAGCAGCGCACCUAUUGGCCGCACGAAAAGCAGCGUCAGGUGCAACGACUGCAGUGGCAGCAGCAGCAACGGAGGAGACUUCGUGUCAGCUUUAGGGAUGCUAAGGAACGCCGCAAACUGCAUUUUAUCGGGGACUCCACAGAAUCAGCAGCAGACACAUUUGGGCCAGCAGCAGCUGCUGAUGCAGGAAAAAACGGGACCUCACAGCGGCGAAAAUCUCCAGUUAUCGAGCAGCAUUGCUAUUGGAAGUUCUAUUGGAAGUACGCAAGCACCAGGUGCUGCUGCGGCAGCUGCUCCAGGUGCUGCUGCGGCUGCUGCUGUCGUUGCUGCUGCAGUCUUAGCAGCUGAGGCAGCUGUACGCGGAGAUAGCAGCUCAGUGCUGAGCAGCACCAGCGCCUGCAGUAAUGGCAUCAGCAACACGACUCACUACCAAACCUCAACCACCCCAGAGGCUGUACAAGUUGCUCACAGACUUCUACCCCAGCAGCAGCAGCAGGACCACCAGCAGCAAGGCAACGACGACCUGUCUGUGGAUACAUCUACAGCCAAUGCUGCGCCGGACGUUGCUGCAGAAGUUUCAGUGUCUGCUUGUGCAGUAUCGGUGGAAGCAGAGGUAAACGCAGCAACACUAGAAGGAGGAACACCCGCGGCAGCAGCAGCAAACGAAACAGAAACGACGGGAGGAGCAGGAAUUCAUAAACUUGUGGAGAGUAGACUUGGCUACGCCACGGACAUUGGGGGGCAGCUGCAGCAAACAGCCCAACAGACGGCAGCAAAGAAGCACCCCGAAGAAGAUGCCAGCACCCCGAGUUGGUACCGCCACAAGCGGCAUACCUUCAUCUUCUCCUAUUCAGGAAAACCAGUAUACUCCCGCUACGGCAAGGAAGAGAACCUCGGCGCCUUCGCAGGAGCGCUGCUGGCAAUCGUCUCGAAGCUGGAACGGUUUCGCGGCGACAAGCCCCCCGAUGUAGUCCGUCACUUUCGUUGUUUCGGAGGCCGUUUCGUAUUCCUUCCUCGGGGGCCGUUCUACUUGGCGCUCUUUGAUAGGCAGAGUGUUAACAACAGCAUAGCAAGGGCUUACCUGAUGCUGCUUCACAGACAGCUGGUGUGUAUUCUUACAAAAGAAGUCGAAAGGACUCUCCUUAUUCGGCCGAGUUUCGACGUCAGGCCUCUCAUGGGCGGCACGGAUGGCAUAUUUCGCGGGCUUCACCGCCAUUACUUCAACUCCAUGCUAUCCGUUUUGCUACCAAUAUUGAUGGAGUCAAACUGCGCUGCAGCCGCAAGUGGUGCUCCAGCCGGCACUGGAGCAGCCGCUUCUGUGGCAGCGGAACAGCUGCAUAAACAGCAGCAGCAGCAGGAGCAGCAGUCUGCUGCGCUUUCGAUUAGUGGAGCAUUCGAGGCGCUGCCCCUGAGCAGCACAAUGCGGCACAUAGCAACGACAGCAGUGAAAAAUGGCCCCACCCCAAACGUCUUAGCUUCGAUGCUGCUGGCAGAACAACGUGUUGUUUCUCUCUCAUACGCCAAAGGAUACGAACUGAGCCCCACAGAUGUCUGCCUGCUGACAAACUUUGUGAGUUCGUCAUUGGCUUUGCGCCAGCUAGAGAGCUUCACCCCGCUCUGUCUUCCGAGCAUAAAUGACAGGCAAGUGGUUUUAUUUCUCUUGCGUGGUUGCCUUUGGGGCUUUCUGCACGCCUACGUGCGCUACUUGACGCCGCGCCUGGCGUUUGUUUGCCUGUCUUCUCCGGCGGACUCCAUUCGAUUUCACCAACUUGCAAAUCAUUGCAACAAACUCUUCGCGGUACAUCUUGAAUAUGGUCCAGGGGAUGCUGACGAAUACCGGCUGCUUGGCCGCAAUAGAAACAUCGCUGGAGUACGCCCCGUAUGCACUGCCAUAUACACGCUGUACACAGGCGCUGUAGAGUUGAUACAAAACGCAAAGCGCCCGGCGCAUUCAUUUGUGGAGACGACGGAUGAAAAAGUGUACGUAUGGUUGACAGUGGAGUUCUUUUUCUUUUGCUGCGUCCCAAGAUGGAUCAAUAUAUCGACAACCCUUGUGGAGCAGCUAGCGAAGUGGAUCCGGGAACAGCAGCCUUUCCUCUUCAUUACAGAAACCCCUCCGCUUGUUCACAUACCGCAGCAAAAGUGA